AUGGAGUUGUCGUCGGAAGAAGCGCAGCAACGCGUGUCCCUGAUGGGAUCGCACGUGAAAGCGCUCGCAAAAUUCUUUGAAACGUUUUCCGCACCACCAAUAGCUGCAGAAGAUGAGUCAAAGCACCAAAUUUGGGGUGAUAGACGUUACAUGAACCAGCUGCAAGAUAUAAAGGAUGGAAAAAAUAGCGUUUUGAAGGUCUACAUAGACGAUAUCCGUCAGCACUUCCUGAAGGACACGAAUGAGCAUGAGGUCUACGAGGGUGUUAUGCUUAAUGGAUACCGUUACCUAGAUCUCAUGUUUGCGGCAGCCGAUACGUGCCUGGAACAUAUGGAAAAGAAAACUGAAGAUGCACAGACCUCGAUGUUGAGCCCUACCAACAAUGCUGUUGAGAGUCAGAUGCUAGACACCGUGGAUGAAUUGAGGGAGCGCCGGAUGAAACUAAGCAAGCUUCCUGUCUAUUUGCAUGCGAACUUUGAGAUUUGGGUCUUGCCAGGAGAAGGAGAUACUGUGAUGAAAAUGAAAACUGUGAACGCGGAUUACAUAGGCUGUCUAAGCCUGAUAGAAGUUGACGUGACCCGUGUUGGUCUGUUGAAGCCACGUGUUCAGGUAGCUACGUACGAAUGUGACAGCUGCCACGGGCACACUUACAAGGCUAUCCAAGGACCAAACUUUCUUCCAAUCACAGAUUGCGUGGAAUGUAGCACACGAAACAACACAAGAGGGACACUAAAGUUCCACCCGAGACUUAGUAAAUUCGAAAAAUAUCAGGAAAUGCGCGUACAAGAGCCGUUGUACCACUUGGCUGAGGGUGAGCUCCCUAAAUCUCUCAAAUGUGAACUCUUUGGCGAGCUUACUCAAAAAUUGCGCCCGGGUGAUUCGGUGCUGUUGUACGGCAUCCUAUUACCAAUGGUGCAGAGCUCGUAUAAUCCGCAGCGCUCUGCACUGUUAGCCGAAAAGGUGUUCCGUGUUUUAUCAUUAGAGCACCAAAAGAAGGUCUUGGACACUUCGAAGAGUUCAGAUUCUGAACUUGCCAGGCGCAUAGAAGCGUUGCGUAACGACCCUGACCUAUACGAUCGCCUAGCCUAUUCCAUCGCGCCUGAAAUUUACGGCCAUGACGACGUCAAGAAAGCACUUCUGCUCCAACUGGUUGGAGGCGUAACUCGGGAGAAGAAAGACGGCGGUAUUAUUCGUGGUUCUAUCCACAUUCUGUUGCUUGGUGAUCCUGGAGUGGCCAAGAGCCAACUUCUCAAGAAGGUAUGCCUCAUCUCAUCUCGCGGUGUAUACACUACCGGUAAAGGUAGCAGUAGCACCGGUAUGACAGCAGCGGUUGUUAAGGAUCCUCAAACGGGUGAGACCGCGCUAGAGGGUGGUGCUUUGGUACUAGCUGACAUGGGUCUAUGUUGUAUUGACGAAUUUGACAAGAUGGACGAUUACGACCGCUCUGCCAUCUACGAGGUCAUGGAACAACAGACUGUAUCCAUCGCUAAGGCUGGACACUGUACUACCAUGCCAGCACGAUCUGCAGUACUGGCCGCUGCUAACCCUGUAAAUGGAGUUUACGAUGUUCGGCGAUCGGUGUUCCAAAACAUGAAUAUGCCAGCGGCGCUGCUGACACGUUUCGAUCUCCAAUUUUUGAUGUUGGAUCGUGUCGAUCGCAGCAGGGAUUCGCAGUUAGCUGAGCAUGUUGUUAAUCUUGUGAAGGGAAUUUCCCAGGAGCAGACUCCCAAGUACGCGGUAGUAGACAAAGAGCUGAUGCGCACCUACAUCACAAUGGCAAAGCAAUAUGAGCCCACGAUGCCACCGGAGAUUGUAGAGAAGGUUUCGGAGUGGUACGUCCAGGCUCGUCAGCAGGAGCUGGAUAGCGAAACGUACAAUGACGAACGUUUCACCUACACUACGCCGCGUAGUAUGCUCGCCAUUUUGCGUUUAUGCCAGGCCAUGGCACGCCUACGUUUCAGAAACGUUGUUGAGAUGUCAGAUUUCGAGGAGGCAGUACGUCUGAGUGAGCAGAUGAAGGCGAGCCUUAUGGAAGCAAGGAGCGACCGCAUGUCGCAUAGGCGGCAAAGCGGUACUUCUCAGGUUAUGCAGUUGUUGAGGCGACGCCGCGAUGAACUGCGACAGCAAGAAGGAUGGGACGGAUGGAUGGCCAUACGCGAUAUCGAACAACAGGUGCUGGCCAGUGGCCUCAAGCACAAGGAUUUGAAAGAUGCCAUAGAUAAAUAUUCGAGGAUGGCUGUUAUACUGAUCGGCAAAGGCGACUCACAUAUCGCUUUCCCCGAGGACCUCGGGCAGUAA